GCCACUACCGAUAAGAUGGAAUGAUGACUCAGCCCAUGAUACGAGUACUCGAGUACAUAAGCUAAGGUUGCCUGAAUAAACUUUACCCCUUCGACAUCACCAACCUCCUCCUCCGCUGCCUCAAAGAAGCACAAACAGCCACAAACAAGCGUCAAAUCUUCUUCUGGCUUUUCAAUACUUAGCCACAUUCAAUCAUCACAAUGAAUAGCAAAGCCAGUAAGGAGCCCUCGAUUAAAGCUGCAGCAGAUGAUGCGACAAAGUUUAUUGGCUCAUACUACGAAGCCAUAAACACGAACACAAAGCGAGCAUCGCUCGAAAAUUUCUACCAUCCCAGCGCUUCCAUUGUGUGGAACGGGAACCCCAUAACCGGUGGGGAGGCAUUUGCGCGGUUCUAUGAACACAUGCCAGUAACUCAUUAUGAUGUCAAGUCUUAUGACUCUCAACCAAUGCUGGUGCCCGGCACCUCAGGCGGGCCCUGCAACUAUAUGGUUAUCGUCUCUGGGAGUGUCAAGUAUGGAGAUAGCAAGGAGCAGAGGGGUUUCAGCGAGACUUUUGUUCUAAAGCCAAGCACUACAGAUCCGAAUCGAUAUAUAGUAGCUACUCAAGGGUUUAGAUUGGUGGUUUGAAUGGGCGGAUGCAGGGCGGCGGAAGAUGUCGGGCCGGAAGGUAUCAAAACGCAGCACACGAGGUGCUGUAAGAUAUGAUGUUUCUUGCUUUUCUGGUUUCGUAGCGGCAAAGGCUGAGUCUGCAAUUGGUGGUUUGAUUCUGUGCGGCAUGCUUCUAUGAUUUUUGUGUUUGCUUGGCUUCUAUUUGAGAUAUUUACGUACUUAUACUCGUACUCGAGGCCCGACGAGUAUGUACCGGCGCUUGGCAGGGUAGUUGGGAUGGGUUCACCGUUCACGAACCUACAAAUACAUACCCACAAGAGCUAUCAUACUUUCCCGAAUAGUGAAAAUUAUUGCGAUACGGGGGACAAGGGUUAAUAAUUACUCUCCCAAAAUCGGAAGUAAUAGAAAUUCCGUUGCAACUUGGUUUCUGGAUAUGCAUGGAGAACUCGCCAAGCGCUACCCACCCCACCAAUUAACUACACGAGAAACCUCCUGACAGCGGCCUCCCGAUUCUCGUUCGGUAGGACAUACUUUCGUUGUAUCUCCAAGAGCAAGACCCUAAAUUACCAUUAUUAAUUUCCUCUAAGGUAAAUCCUGAUGUAUCAGAUUUCCAGCCGCUUUCCUUUCCUUCGGGCUCGUUGCACUGGUUUGUCAAAACGUUAGAUCUAAUCUAAUCUCGUUUAUGUAAUCGGGACGUGACAAGGGCCCAACAAACACUUGGCCAGAAGCAAAGCCGCAAUCCCUCAGACGAACCUUCCUCAGAGAAGCCCCAAGCCGAUACACCGUCCGCUCAUAACACCCGCCAUUCAUUAUACCCAAAACCCGCUUUCACGGUCGUUCCCUUUAACCGUUUCUACUCCUCACAAAACCUCUCACAAAGAUGGAUUUCCUUGGGCCUCUUGCCCAAUCUCUAGAUCGUCCAGGCUUCGACUGGAAGGGACUGAUUAUCGGAAUCGGGCUUGCGCAUUAUGCCUUUGAAAGCUAUCUUUCGAUACGACAACACAAGAAGCUGCAAGAGACCAAGCCACCCAAGUCGUUAGAGGCAGCUGUUACCCAGGAGGUCCAUGACAAAUCUCAAGCGUAUGGGAGAGCAAAAUCUAAGUACGGAUUCGUCGAGUCCUUCUUUGGACAGGUCACCAAUGUCUCGACAAUCUACUUUGAUGUUUUACCGAAAGGAUGGGCUUUGGUGGGUGGUAUCAUCGCACAAUAUGCGCCUGCCAGGUUUUCUGGAGAAAUCUUGCAGUCGAUAUUAUUCUUCAUCGUCUUCAACCUUUUUUCGACUAUAAUCAACUUGCCCUUUAGUUAUUACAAGACAUUUGUUUUGGAGGAGAAGUUUGGGUUCAAUCAGCAAACUAAGAAACUCUUCUUUGCCGAUAUUGUCAAGACCCAGAUUCUCUUCGUUGUCCUUGGAAGUCCCAUCCUCGCUGGGUUCCUUGCAAUUAUCAAGACCUUUGGUGACAACUUCUUUUACUAUCUCUGGCUCUUCGUCUUGGGGGUUCAGGCUCUCAUGAUCACCGUAUACCCUAUCUGGAUUUUGCCCUUGUUCAAUAAAUUGGCGCCAGUGGACCCCGGAAAGCUGAAGACGGAUGUUGAGGCUCUCGCGGCAAAAUUGAAGUUCCCAUUGAAGCAUUUGUACGUGAUUGACGGAUCGAAGAGAUCGGCACACAGUAAUGCGUACUUUUUUGGACUUCCGUGGAGCAAGCACAUCGUUAUCUACGACACUUUGAUUGAAAAGAGUGAAGUUAGCGAAGUGGUCGCUGUAUUAGGGCACGAAUUAGGUCAUUGGAAAGAAGGGCAUACUACCAAGAUGUUUGCUAUCACCCAGUUUCAUCUCUUUUACAUCUUCGCACUAUUCUCUGCAUUCAUCAGCAACACCUCUCUCUACGAGGCUUUUGGUUUCUUCAAGACCCAGCCAAUUCUUAUAGGAUUCCUCUUGUUCAACGAUAUCCUUCAACCUCUUGACACUGUCGUAAAACUUUUCAUGAAUGUCCUUUCAAGAAAGUUCGAGUUUGAGGCUGAUGCUUUCGCUGUGAACUUGGGUUACGCUGAGGAACUCUCGAAGAGCUUGAUUAAACUCCAGGUUCAGAACCUCGCGACCAUGGACGCUGACUGGCUUUACUCUUGCUACCACUACACUCACCCGAUCCUCCCGGAGAGGUUGAGGGCCCUCGAACUAAAGGGUAAGAAGGCUCAGUAAGCUAUCACAUAGGUGGGCAGCAUGGGUAGGACAUCAAAUGGCAGAGGUGCUGGGUCUAGUGGGCAAGGGAAUGGGCGUUGGUAGUUUCGGGUACUGUUUUUUUUCGCACGAGGUCUAAAAAAGGGCCUUGGGUUGGGUAGUUAUGCAAGAGGCUGUACCGUGAUUGUAUGGAAAAAAAAAAGUUUUACACUACCGAUGCAUAAAAAA